AUGAUUGGAAAUCUCGAUUGGACAUCCUUCGAUUCUACGGAAGUUGGAACGAUGUACUAUGCGGACAAUAAUCUUUGGAACGCGCUGGUAUCUAUUCUUCUUGGAUUUGCCUUCUUCUUGCUCGUCGCAUCUGUCACAAUUGGCACAAAUCUUCUCUAUGACUGGCACACUUCAAAAGAAAGCGGACCCAUGAAGACCAAACCGUUCUGUCAAGACUAUCACAAUUAUCUAAAGGAAUACGAGAACCUGAAAAAUGUACCAGAAGCUAGAAUGUAUUUUCUAGAAGAUAAAUGCCAAAUGUCGAAUUUAUCCACCAAAAAAUUGAGUUCCCUAAUGGCAAUUAUCUUUAAAAAUGACAACCCCGAGGUUCCCAAACAUGCCCGAGUGAUUUCGAUUAAAAUGGCUGGAUUCAAAUAUGGAAACGAGUGCCACGAUUUCGAACCGAUUAAUGGUAGAGCUCCUGGGAGUGAAUAUUGCUACAAGACAUUUGGAAAUAAUCGGAUUCAGGGAACAUUUUAUAAGGAGAAUGAUGUUUACUACCUCGCUGGAUUCUGUAUUUAUGUCAAAAAUGAGUUCGUGAUGGGAUUCAAUUUUCGGGAGGACGAUGUUCGAUGGCUAAUGGGUGGAACCCCGUAUCCAGCGCGGACUCGGGGAAUCAGAAAUACAAAAAGUGAGAUGGAGUUGGCCAAGAGGAUCAUGGAGCUGAAAAUAGAGGAAAAUUCAAAAAAUGAAGAAAAGGGUACGCUUUGGGUAUACCUCCCAAGUCAACCAUGUCGAGGAUCUCAGGAAUGCUCCAGAAGCACCAAUAAAAAUGAAUCCUUGUUUGCAAUUGUUUAA